AUGCAGAUUGUCCAGUUGCCAUGUCGCUCUUCUGCCUUGCUGACUUUCUCAGCAUCCCGGCUACGUGACUGGCACUUGGGUCCGUGGGUGGCGGCCACUGUGGAGCCUGCGAGACCCACGGAAGUCGGCGCUUCCGUCUGGGUGCUCGCUGAGGGAGUGCAGGACGCUUCGGCUGGGCCAUGGAUUGUUGCACGCAUCCUUGAGGAGCUUCUUAUCCUGGAGCGUCAUGACUUGUCGUUGAUCAUGCGCCCAGUCGCCAUCCUGACUGUUUUUGCGAGAGUGCAGCGCCUCGCUGCAGACAGGGUCACUCUGCGGUACCGCUUUGGAAGCCUCCCUUCCUGGCACACGGUGCACAGUUUCCGCGAACAAUGCACUUUCUCGGAACUCUGGACACUAGCAGACGUGAGCAACUACGUCUUCGGCUGCAUCUUCUAUAGGUUUGCGCAAGUGUUCACGCCGCCGGAGUUCCGCACGUACGCGCUGGUCCUGGAGCACAAGCGCUGUCGCGGUCGUGAGCGACUGACCUUGAGAACGUUCUUGAGCAUAGCUGACAGCAGCGAGUACUCAUCUAGGUCAGAGUCGGAGGCAGACUAG